AUGGUGUUCAAGUCUUACUACCAGUGGGCUGCUGUUGCCUUGGCCGCUACUGCUGCUGCGCAGACUACUACCAGCUGCAACCCUCUCAAGAAGACUUGCCCGGCGGAUACUGGAUUGAACAAGUACCGUUAUAACACUGAUUUCACGUCUGGAUCUCUGGGACGUUGGAACACCACUGCCGGCACUGUGACAAGCACCGAUCUCGGCGCCAAAUUCACCAUCUCUGAGCAGGGCGAUGCUCCUACGAUCGAGAGUGAGUUCUACAUCUUCUUCGGCCAUGUCGAUGUCAAGAUGAGAGCCGCAAAUGGCACCGGUAUCGUCAGUACCUGGAUCCUUGAAUCCGACGAUCUCGAUGAAAUCGACUGGGAGCAAAUCAGCACCUACGAUACCGAGAUCCAGACCGACUACUUCGGUAAAGGCAACACCACUUCCUACGACCGCGGUACUACAGUGACCGUUUCCACCCCCGAGGAAACCUUCCACACCUACUCGAUUGACUGGACCUCCGAGAGAAUCGAGUGGCUCCUCGACGGCGAAGUCGUGCGCACACUCGAAUACGCCGACGCCGUCGACGGAACCAACUACCCCCAGACUCCCAUGCGUAUCCGCAUCGGCAUCUGGGCCGGUGGUGACCCCGAUAACUCCGAGGGCACCAUCGAGUGGGCUGGUGGUGAGACUGACUACACUGCCGGGCCUUUCACGAUGUAUGUUGAGUCUGUCGACAUCAUCAACUACAACCCUGCGUCUGCGUACAAGUACUCCGACAAGACUGGUGCAUACACCAGCAUCAAGGCUAGUAACGGAACCACUGUCACGAACUUGAGCACCUCCAACUCAAGCUCCAUCGUGGCUUCGAGUAAGAGCUCUUCGUCGGCGCGUGCUAGCUCGUCGGCAUCGGUUUCCGCUUCGGCUUCUGCUUCUGCUUCUGCUUCUUCUGUUGGCGUUGUCUCUGCUGCCUCGGCUUCUUACUACACUUCUGCUCUCACUGUUGCCAUGGUCUCCUUGAUUGUUGGUGCCACUCAGUUCUAG